AAUGUGUCAAAUUCAUGGAUCCAGCCUCGCAACAGUGUUAAGUCAAGAAGAACAGAAUUUUAUUGUAGGCCUUAUGAAACAAUCACACAGUAAUGUUGUUUGGUUAGGUGGGACUGAUUGGACUUUAGAAGGCACCUUUGUCUGGGAACCGUAUGGGGACAAAAUGAGUUACACACAUUUCGGUCAUGGGGAACCAAACAAUGGAAAUGGGCGUGGUCACGAAAAUUGUCUGUUGAUUGACGGUUCCUCACAUAAAGGCUACGCCUAUGUCUGGGAUGACAGAGACUGUGAUGAUUCGCACUAUUAUAUUUGCAAACAAAUGGACGAUAUAACUGGAAACUUAAUUGGUUGACCACUGUCAAAAUUAUUU